GCCCAACUCCCUGAGCCGCCGCCGUCGCAAGACUUGCGCCGAAGAGGUUCUGCAGCCAUCACCAUUUCCAACUCAGUAGUAACACACGUCGCGGCCCCAUCUUCCAUCCUCCUCCAGUCCGCCGCCCCCCUGCCGCCGUAUAUACCAUGAACGGUAUCGACAUCCUUUGCGAUGCCGCUGGCUCCGACAUGCUCAACUCCCUCUACUCCCCGCCCGAAGUACCGAAAGAGCCGGCCCAACAUCCACCUCAGCAGCUCGGGAAGCGCAAACUAAGCACAUCUGACACAUCGCCCUCCUCGAUACACGUCUGCCAUAUAUGCAAAAGAGUCUACGAGCGAGCCGAUCAUCUGACGCGCCAUCUACGAUCCCAUGAGAACGCCCGCCCCUACCAGUGCUCCCGAUGCCCCAAGCGAUUCAACCGCGCCGACCUCCUCACCCGUCAUGAGACAACCCACGACCGAGACAACGCGGACAAGGGCAGAACAUUCAUACGCAGAAGCGAUCGAGCCGCCGAGGCCUGUCUGAACUGCGCCGCUUCCAAGUCAAAAUGCGAGGACGCCAAGCCGUGCUCUCGCUGUCGCUCCAAGAACCUGCCAUGCGAAGUUGCUUCCAAGCGCACACAUCCGCAUCGGUCAUCAACAGACGGUAUUUCAACGCCGUCUGAAACUUCCACGAUGCAUCAGAGUCUUGACACGAACGGUGGCAUGGAUCCCGGCUCGGCGUAUGGCGGCUCCAAAAUGUCGCUCGUGCCUCCGAAUACCGACAUGGCCCACGAAAUAGACACAGCAUCUUUCAUGGACGAUGGGUUUGCGGGCCCCGUCAUCGACAUGGUGAUGGACGACAUGGUCAAUUUCAACCCGGUACACAACUACUUUCAGGACAUGGACUUUUCCUCGUGGGAUCUGAACUUUGACGCUAUAACCAUUCCGCAGCCCGAGAUCAACCAAUCUCCUGAGUCUACUACAACCAGCCGGUCAAAGUCGAACGCGCGCAACGCUUCAAAGGCGCACGCCGCCUUUAAACGGUCGCCCUGGCUGUGGGAGCCAGGCCCGAAGGACUACGCGCUUCAUUACGCAACCCCUCAAGACAAAGAACGGCUUGUCCUGGACGAUGGUACCUUUGCGAACUCUCCCGCUUUCUAUAAACUUAUCAGCACCCCGGGGACCAAGCUCAAAAUGACGUCCUCGUCGAGAGACAGUCUCUUGGCCAUGGUGGUGGCUAGCACAGUGCAGAAGGGCAAUCGUACUCGCACCCCAUCCUUCCCGACACUGGAUCUCCUGAAUCAUCUCGUCCAGGCUCAUUUCAUUCAUGAUGAGCAUCAGAGCGAUAGCUGGAUUCACCUAGCGACCUUUGACGCCGCAGAGGCGAUACCUGAGCUGCUCGCCGGUAUACUAUCGAGUGGUGCGACUUAUAUAUCCAUCCCAGCGGUUUGGCAAUUUGGAUUCUCGCUCCAUGAAGUCCUGCGGCUCGGACUAGCAGAUUUGUUCGAGAGUUCGAAUUCCUCCACCCGAGAUCUCGGCGCACUCCAGGGCUACAUGCUCAGCCUGGACAUAGGCAUCUGGAGCGGAUUCAAGAGAAAGAUGGAGAUAGCGGAAAGCUUCUUGCAACCUAUCAUGACCAUGCUCAGACGCGCUGGUAACUUCUCGGCCCCGCCAGACUCGUCAGCAAUCAUUCCGACGCUCGCCGACCCUCCCGACGUGCUGGAUUCAAAGUGGCGCAAAUUUGCCAAACGCGAGUCCUAUAAGCGGCUUGUGUUGCACAUGUUCUUUCACGACAUACAGUCAUCCAUCGGGUUUUGCAAGAAUCCGCUGAUGUCAUAUACCGAGCUCAACUUCGGUCUUCCAGCCUCCCGAGAUUUGUGGCGAGCCCGGUCUGCGGAGCAAUGGAGAAACCUGUACUUGGCCAAAACCAAUGCUGCACCAGAUAGCCCUAUCCCUCGGGUGUCGGAAAUAAUGCAUUGCACCGAAAUCCUAGAUGAUUUCGGGCAGUUGGUCGACACGGAACUUUGCUACAUGGCUUUACUACAUGGAUACUGGGGCCAGAUAUCGGCAUACCGCGAGGGCAUCAAGUUCUACGCGGACGGGAUCUCGAGCAAGAGAAACACGACGCACUGCCUCUGGCUCAAGACACAGUAUCAAGAGCUGUAUCGCGACCUCAACGAAUUUUCGACCAUGAUCCUCACUUCUAAACGGCCAACAGCUCAGCUUGCAGUCAUGUCGGAGGUGCUCAUGAUGCUCCUUCAUGUUUCUCCCGAUGUCCUCCAAACGUUUGCGGGUAAGGCAGGAGAGGACGAGGCUCGUAGGACUUUUGGCCGUCUGGAAGAGAGCUGGGUGACGACAUCCGAAGCCCGCUACGCCAUCUGGCAUGCUGGCCAGAUCUUCCAUCACGCGCGACAACUUCCGCCCGUCUCCCUUCGCGAGUUCAAUGCCAUCGCAGUUUAUUUUGCGUGUCUCACCCUUUGGGCAUAUGGCCUGCUGUCGUGCUCUUUAUCCAGGCAAAGCUCAGACCAGGAGAUGGGCAACGGCACGGGCCGCAAGCCCAAUCCGGAAUAUAUUCUCAUGGACUCGGAAGAAAACCGCGAGACGAGGGCUUUCCUGCAGCUGAAUCGCGGCGUGCCUGGGCUAACGCUCAACGGGGACCCCGCCGACGGCGUAGAGUCGCUAUCUAAUCCGAACGUGGUGUUGUCCGUUGCGAGGGACAUCCUGCGGAAUAAUUUCCCUGUUGUCUCGGAGCCGCUGCCGCCUCUUGUCGAGAGCUUGAAGAGACUUCUGCAAGACCUGGGCUCCGGAGCAGCAGGGAGGCCGUCGAGGGCGGUGAGCGAAGACAACUCCCACAUCUGAUUGCAUUGCUGGCAUCUGGAUUCUCGAUUCUGAAAUUCAAUUUACGCAAAGCGACGGCGUCUUUUAUGACAACAGGGCGUGUAUAAUCAUUACCUUCAAUGUUCUUUAUGAAUACCAUGUAUACCAAGGAGAUGGCGCAGGAGGCCAUGGGAAUAACGCAGUUUGUUUUCUAUUACAUGAAGCCAACCAAACAACACUCGUCCCUCGGU